CAGACCCGGCCUCGAUCUGUGGAAAGAAGAGGAUAGAUCGGGAGAGAGAGAGAGGAGGAGGAAUCGCCUGACACGAUGGGCGCCACCGGCCAACGUCGGCUGUCAUCUCUGCCCGCGGCGGCGGCGGCCGCGCCUCUCCUGCUUCUGCUCGCCGUGUCCUCCUGGAGCCAGGCGGCGGCGUCGGCGGCGGCGGCUCCGGCCUGGACGACGGACCUGGAGAAGCACGUGGCGUUCUUCGACACCGACAACGACGGCAUCGUCACCUUCUCCGAGACCGAGCAAGGGCUUCGUGCCAUCGGUCUUGGAGUUCUCGAGGCCACGGCCAGCGCCACCCUCAUCAACGGAGUCAUCGGACCCAAGACCAGACCCGAAAAUGCUACGACAUCGAGGUUUGACAUCUACAUAGCCAACAUCCACAAAGGGAUGCACGGAAGCGACAGUGGCUCGUACGACGCCCAAGGAAGGUUUGUCCCGGCCAAGUUCAACGGCAUAUUCACCAGGUUCGCCAAGGUCGAGCCGAACGCCCUGAACGAGGCCGAGCUGGAGGCCAUGCGCACUGCCAACAGGAAGGAGGGUGACUUCAAAGGAUGGGCGGCGUCCAAGGCGGAGUGGGGUAUGCUGUACAACCUCGCCAAGGACAAGGACGGCUUCCUUGAGAAGAACACCGCGCGCACCGUCUACGACGGCAGCCUCUUCCCGAAGCUGGUGAAGAAGGCGAGCUCAUCUGGAAAUUAACCGAGCAUGAUAUGUAUUUGUAUUUGUUUUUCGAUAUGAAAUUUGUACUCCGUAUUAUCCGGGUCUUGUUCGUUGAGCAUGAGCUGUGUUGUCCCUGUACAACUGAAAUUGAAAUCUGUUAAUGAAAACAUAAUUUACUGCUCCA